AGCCAUUAUUAGGUAAGUCCAUUACCUUGGUCUGUUAGAUUAUAAGAAAUGAGAACAAAUAAAAGAUUCCUGAAGAUACAUGCUGUGGCCAGCUGCUCCGUAAAGUUAAUUAUAGACAGGAAGUAAGAGUGGAAUGAAAACAUAGGAAGAAUAGUGUAAGGUGUCUUGAUAAAGAUCUGUUCCGUUGCUAAAUCUUAAUAAAAGUAAUCAUAGUAUGAUUGAGGAAUUAAGCACUCCUGUUUUUUAUUGAUUUAUUUAAUGUCCCAGAGGGUGAAAAUAGCCAGUAAAGUGACAGAGAUUGUUGGUGUCUUUGUUUCUCUGUUCUUUUAUUAUGGGAGUUACAGAAGCUGUUACUUUCAGUUCCAAAUUAAGAUUCAGGAACAGAUGUUUUAGCAACUUUUGUAUCUGAAAGUACUCAGAAGAGAAACUGGAAAAAGACCAAUAUUGUUUGACAAGACUAGGUGAGGAAUCUCAAUCUUCAUCUCAUAAGAAGGAUGACAAACUUAGGGAAAAAACUUUAGUACAAUACUGCUUGCUUUCAGUUUAAUUUGUUGGGUUUUUUCUACUCACAUAAGCAAGCUGGGGAAUAGCAUGGUGAUAUUAUCAGAAUCAAGUUGGAAAAUUACCUUUACAGGGCAAUUAUCUGUCCUGUCAAAAUGAAAAGGCACUAAUGAGAUGGAUGAUUGAAGAGAACACGUACUUAGAAAAGUAACUUAUGUUACAGACUUGAAGAGGGAUUGAAAGUUUUUCGUUUUAUUUGUUUUGCUUUGCUUUGUUUUCUUUGAGCAUAAGGUGUAAAUCCAGAACACUCUUGGUGAAUUAGAGAGAAUCUCUGAAGUCAAUGAAAUGAAAUGCAGCGCAGAAAGUUUUGGUUUUUGAGAAGAAAUGGCAUCCAGCAUUGGAAGUGAAAAGAGUGUGAAUCGUGUGCUCAGAAUAAGUCAACUUGAUGCUCUUGAACUAAACAAAGCCCUGGAACAACUAGUGUGGUCCCAGUUUACCAGCUGUUUUCAUGGAUUUAAACCAGGUGUGUUGGCUCAUGUUGAACCAGAAGUUAAAGCAUUUCUGUGGCUUUUACUGUGGAGAUUCACCGUCUAUUCUAAGAAUGCAACUGUGGGACAGGCUAUUUUGAAUAUUCAGUACAAGAAUAACUUAUCUCAGACAGAGAAAUACCAGCCUCUGAGCAAACACCAGAAGUUAUGGUAUCUUAUUUUCACUGUUGGUGGAAGAUGGUUGGAAGAAAGAUGUUACGAUUUAUUUAGCAAUCGCCAACUGCAAUCUGUCAACAAAGUCAAGCAUUAUAUUAACUUUGGAGCUGGACUUCUUAAACUUUGUGGACUUGUAAAUUUUCUGAUUUUUCUUCAGAAAGGAUCAUUUGCAACGCUUACUGAACGCAUUCUAGGAAUUCGGUCAGUUUUUUGCAAGCCACAAAGUGUUCGCCAGGUGGGAUUUGAAUACAUGAACAGGGAGCUGUUGUGGCAUGGCUUUGCUGAUUUUCUCAUUUACUUGCUACCACUUAUUAAUGUACAGAAACUGAAACUCAGAAUUUGUUCUUGGUGUUUCCCUUUUGCCAAUCUUUCUAAUAGUGAUAAAACAUUAGCAGCUCACUACAAGGUGUGUUCACUGUGUGGGGAAUGGCCUACCAUGCCACACACCAUAGGCUGUUCACAUGUUUUUUGUUACUAUUGUAUUAAAAGUAACUAUCUGUUUGAUAUGUAUUUUACCUGUCCUAAGUGUGGCUCGGAAGUACACAGUCUUCAGCCACUGAAAUAUAAAAUUGAAAUGACAGAACUGCAUGUCUAAUAAGGAGGUUGUUCUGUUCUUUAAUUGUACGUGAAAUAUAUUAAAGAUGAAUGGGAAAAAAAAUCAGAAAUUUCUGUAAACAGACAGCUUGAGAGACAGCUUUGGAAAUUCUUUAAGUCUUCCCUGGUGUUAUUUUUUUACUGAGUAGCAGUGCCAACUUGCAUCUGAAGAAAGAAAAAGGAGUUCACAAGUUCUGCUUUUUCAGACUAUUUGAUACCAGUUUGGUAUCCCUGGUAUCCCUGUAUUGUCAGUACUCUUCUUAGAUCCAUGGUCCAGCUAUCUAUCACUUCCUAAAUUCAUGCCGUAUUCUUCUCUUGGGAGUAGAUGAGAAGAUACUCAAUCCACUUUGUGCAUUUUCUCAACUUUGUUGUAAAAGCUUCUGCUAUUGCCAAUGUAGCUGUAUGGAUUUUGUGCACAGGUCAUCCUAGUCACACCUACACAACAGCUUUAAAUUUGAAUAUUUAAAAUUUGAAUUCCCAGUGUAAUGCACCACUGAAAAGAAGCAAGCUAUAAGAUGAAGAUUUACAUCAAAUGAUCAUUAAUAGAGUUCAUCACAUUCAGUCACCACAAGGCAUAUCAUUUUCCUAACUUGUAGUUGCUUUCUUAUAAGUAGAAGAUUAGCUUCAAGUGAUCCAUUUGUCAACGGACAAAACAUUAAUUUGUGCCCACCCUUGAUACAGCCAUCUCCUGAUCAAAGUGCUCCUUCUAGAUCUUCAUGAGACAACAGAACCCAUUUUCUCACCUAUAUGUAUGCCUUUGAUCUUCAGUGGUGUGCAUUUGACUGCACCCUGCUUCUUUCCUGUCAAGCUGAAGAACCCAGUCCAUCAUCUAUUGGAACGUGGAAGCUUCCUGUGGUAGCGCAAAUUAUUCUUAAUCAGACAGUGUGUUAAAAAAAAACCAAACCUGUUUAAUUACAAGAUGCUGUCUUUGGGACUUGCAAUUCUUUCUUUGGUGUGGUCAGGUUAGGUGCCGGACCUCACUAAUAGUUAUGUACCACACAGAAAAGCCACACAAGCUUCACAUCAAGCCCAGAUGUGUGUGUGUAGACGUACCAAAAAAUAGGUAACUGUUUCUAUUUUGGAGUUACUACUGUUUGUUUUCUCUGUUGGCUUCAUGGUGUUUUUAUUCCCUUUUUAAGGCUUCAUUCAUUUACUCUCUUCAUGUUUGUUUGUUUGUUUCAAAUCUGCAGUCUUAACAGAAAUCUUUACCCAGAAGUAUAUCAUUAACACACAAACACAUUUUGUCCUGCUUUGGCUCUUAGAAUUUGUAACUGAAGCAGAAUAAUAGUAUUAAUAAAAAUGCUGGAAAACUAUUCAUAUGUUUUGAUUUGAUUGAAAAUUAACAAUUAUUCCAUGUUUUUGAAGUCAUUUAGAUAAAAGAAGUUACAGAAUUCUCAGUUUCCAGUAACCAGCAUUCUAUACUCCAUAUGCUGUAAAAGAGGUCUUGUCUUUAGUAGUAUGUAAGACUUGAAAGUAGGAGUUCUAGUGUUCUCCAAAAGAAAUUACAUAGUGUCUGAUUUUUGUAUUACCUGGAAAUAUCCAUUCGUUUUUCAAUAAAUGUAAGGUGUUAUGGGGGAGAGUGGUCUGGACAAAAUGGUGAAAAUAAGACUUUAAGAAGAUGGAGCAAAUACCAUCCAUACUGCGGGAUUUCCUUAUUUGAGACUAAUUGCUAUUGUUGUCUGGGAUGCAUCAUUCUUAUGAAAACCAAGUUAGCAAAUAAAAGAUGCUUCUUAAAAGGA